AUGAGUUACAUUCAUCCCUCAUGGAACUAUCAGGGCCAUCAGGCUAUCCCGAUGGACCAACACAUGGCAUAUGAUCCGUCCAUGGUACCUCCCCCGAUGAUGCACCCGAUGGAUGGGUACAUGUACCCUCACCCACCAAUGGAGAUGAUGGACUACUACCACCAACCGAUCAUGGACUACGACGAAUACACAGAAAACCUGUCGCGACCACGGUUGACCAAGGAACAAGUCGAGACGCUCGAGGCACAAUUUCAGGCUCACCCCAAGCCGAGCAGCAAUGUGAAGCGUCAACUGGCAGCUCAGACAAAUUUGAGCCUGCCGCGUGUGGCAAACUGGUUUCAAAAUCGUCGCGCCAAAGCCAAGCAACAGAAACGUCAGGAAGAAUUCGAAAAAAUGACCAAGGCUAAGGCUGAGGCCGAGGAGGCGGCCCGUCGGAAGUCAGAAACCUUGGAACAGCUAUCAGAGUCUCGUAAAGGAUCGAUCGUCCAGGAGGAAGACAAGGCUGCUACUCCCAAACCGACAUCUGCAUCAAGCCACGCCAAGACAGAUUCCACUUCCAGCCGCUCUAAGCACCACAAGACAAAGAGCGAGUCAGCGCGAGAGGCAACCUUUGCGUCCCUGCAGCGGGCGCUGAAUGCCGCCUGUGCCGCCCGGGAUCGAUUUGGUCGCCGGAUCAACCCCCGGGGGAAGAACGAGCCUGGUGUCGAGGAAGAACCGGUGUCGCCUGGUUCCAUGCCACCACCAAAGUCGGCUUCCCCUCACAGUGGUCUUGCCAGCGUCAACUCUUCGUUUAAUGGCUGGUCUGAUAUCAAGGAAGAGCCAGUAUGGGAAUCCAGAGAGCAUGAUCAAAACAUCGGAUACACGUCGGCAGAGCAGAGCUCGUAUUCCGCCCCCCAACCAAUGGCCGAGAUUCCAGGGUCGUCCCAUGCAGUGCAACAUAAUGUGGACACCUACUCAAGUCACCUGCCGCCUCAUACGGAAGAAUGGUCUGAGGACAGGGAUGGAUCUGACCCUAACCUGAUCUACAGUAACAUGCAGUACCCAAUGUCCAUGCAAACCCCAGAUAUCUCCGUGACCCGCCGCGAGUCUUCUGAUGCGCUGAGCACGUCGUUGGAGGGUAUCGGGAUCUGCACUGGUCAAGCCGGAAUGCCUGAGUCUGUCAAUCGGGUUGAGGGAUGGAAGGAGCCGGGCAAGGAGUUGGAUAUCGCUGCUCGACGCAAGCGUCCCCGUCCUGCUGCCAUUGGCACUUCGGGCACUCGUGGUCUUGCCAACUCAACUUCCAUGUCUGCGCUUUCACCUGGUGCCCGCAUCCCUAGCUCCGGUGCCGGCAACUCAAUGAGACACUCCAAGUCCACUCAGAGCCUCAACUCACGAUACGCCGGUGUUAGAAAGGUCUCUGCUGCCCAGCGAUCCCCUCUGAACUUUACAUUUGCCGAGUCUGGGUCUCUCAAGAAGGCCGAGCAGAUGCUGCGUCCCUCGGUCUCGACGACCACCUUGGCUCCUCCGACUCCCUUGACUCCUCAAGAUCUCCAGCACUUCAUGCCCGCCUCUCCCACCGACAGCAAUUAUUGCAUGUCAGCCCACUCCACCACUCAGUUCUUCCCUACCUCUCAACCCAUGCAAGUGAACAUCGCCUCCCCGCCCACCACCCCGCUGGACAUCUACUCUCCCUUUCCCUACCAAAACGUGGCUCCCCCGAUGUCGGCCCCCGCCCACGUCUCCUCCUUUCCCGAGUAUGUUACCUGCGGUGAGCCGGUUCCCAUGACAGCCCGCAGCUGGGCCGACACCGCCUCCAUUUCCUCGCCCGAGUACCCAGCCGGUCUCCAAGUUCCCCAUUCGAGCACCGUCUCCCCGAUGGGCUACGACGCGACCACCGACCACACCGGGCAUUUCGGCAUGGAGCCCGUUUCCGGCUCCCCACCCUUGAUCUACUCGAUUGAUGCCGACAUGCCCACCUCGGGCGAGCUCGCUCAGAAGCGGGCUGAUUUUAUGAUGCACGAAUACCCGGAGCAUGAUGGCCACUUCAAUGGUCAUUUGCCGAUGCAAAAGCCCAAGGCCUUCACCUUUGCCAACAACACGACGCCAAGUAACUACCCAUCCUAG